CGGGCCGGGCGGCCAGCGGUGACAUCAACAUUAGCAGACGGUGCAGUGAGUCGUUGGACUCGGCUACGCUGAGCAGAGAUGGCGUCUCUUCUGCAGCCAGAUAGAGUUGUCUAUCUGGUUCGUGGGGAAAAAAAGAUUAGAGCUCCCCUAUCUCAGCUUUAUUUCUGUCGCUAUUGCAGUGAGCUACGGUCUCUGGAAUGCGUGUCUCAUGAGGUGGACUCCCACUAUUGUCCCAGCUGUCUGGAAAACAUGCCUUCUGCAGAGGCAAAGCUUAAAAAGAACAGGUGUGCAAACUGUUUUGACUGCCCAUGUUGCAUGCACACACUGUCUACUCGGGCCACUAACAUCCCAGCUCCUCUGCCUGAUGAUCCUACCAAGACAGCCAUGAAGAAAGCCUACUAUUUGGCCUGUGGCUUCUGUCGCUGGACCUCAAGAGAUGUGGGGAUGGCUGACAAAUCAGUUGCCAGCGGCGGAUGGCAGGAGCCGGAGAACCCUCACACCCAGCGGAUCAACAAGCUGAUUGAGUAUUACCAGCAGCUGGCCCACCGAGAGAAGCAGGAGAGAGACAGGAAGAAGAUGGCCAGGAGACGACAGUGCAUGCCCCUGGCGUUCUCGCAACACACUAUUCAUGUGGUGGAAAAAUAUGGCCUUGGGACCAGACUGCAGAGGCAGAGGCCCGGAGCUCCCCUAUCAAGCCUGGCUGGCCUUUCCCUUAAAGAGGGUGAGGACCAGAAGGAGAUCAGCAUCGAACCAGCCCAGGCCCUUGAUGAGGUGGAGCCCCUGCCUGAGGAUUGUUAUACCAGACCCAUCAAUUUACCUGAAGUGACCACACUGCGCCAACGGCUUCUGCAGCCAGACUUCCAACCCGCGGGGGCGUCUCAGCUCCACCCAAGACACAAACACCUCCUGAUGAAGCGCUCGCUGCGCUGCAGGAAAUGCGAGCACAACUUGAGCAAGCCAGAGUUUAAUCCUACUUCAAUCAAGUUUAAAAUUCAGCUGGUGGCUGUGAGUUAUAUCCCAGAAGUGAGAAUCAUGUCCAUUCCAAAUCUCCGGAACGGGAAGGAGAGCCAGGUGCUGCUGACUCUGACCAACCCAGUGGAGAACAUCACCCAUGUCACACUGGCUGCUUGUGAGGAAAAUGAUCCUGAUGACAUUAAUAGCACUGCAAAGGUUAUAGUACCCAGUAAGGAACUGCUGUUGGCAGGAAAGGAUGCUGCUGCUGAGUAUGAUGAACUAGCUGAACCUCAGGACUUCCAGGAUGACCCAGAUGUCGUUGCCUUCAGGAAAUCCAACAAGAUUGGUUUCUUUAUCAAAGUGAUCCCUCAGAAGGAAGAGGACACGGAUGUCGCCGUUUCUUUUAAGAUGCGACACGACUUCCGCAACCUCGCAGCUCCCGUCAGGCCAAGCGAGGAGGGAGCCGACACUGCCGCCGAAGCCAUCUGGCUCACUCACCACGUAGAGCUGAGGCUGGGACCGCUCGCUCCCUGAACACGAAUACUGCGUUUACCAGUGUUAGGCUCUUCGAACUAGUUUCUUCAAACUGGGAUUCAUUUAAUUGAAAACUGAUUUCUGAUUCAGCUCGUUGAUGUCUAAGAAUUAUUUGAUAUUUUUGAGGCUUUCAAAUGCUGUUGCUAUGCUUUGGCUUAAGUCACAUCAGCAGCUUGUUAAAAAUACAGUGAGUGCAGCUCCCUGUGCUGCCUGGUUUAUAAAACAGUAUGAAGCCAUGACUGGCUGCACACUAACUGAUAACUGUGGAUUCUUGGUUCAGUUUAUUGUUGCCUGAUGUACCAAAAACCUCCCUUUUCUCAUCCUAAACACUAUCGAGUUUAUCAGUAAGAAGCAGUUUAGUAUGUGGAUACGUUGAACAGAUCCGUAUAUAUGCAUAUUAGUUACUUAGUUGAUUAAAUGUAUAACUUUCUUUCUCUCCACCCUUGAUGCACUUUUUGUCUCAGCUGUGCUGUGCUGUGGUUAUUUUGUAUAUUUGUCUCUACUGUUUGUAGACAAUAGAAGUUUAAAUUCAAAGCUGAGGAAAUGAGAUUAUAGAAACUUAAAAUGCGUGACGUCGACGAGCAGAAUCAGAAAUCAGAACGAAGAACAAUCUGAACGAAUCCCAGCCGUGAAACACGCACACACCUCUGCGCUUUCAGCUUGUGAAUCCUCGUCAUUCUUUAGACAAUAGUAGGAUAAUUACGUGCAUGCUUCACAUAUAGUAAAAACUGCACAGGCUAGACGGUGUCUUCACAGUUACGGAUUCUGUAGUUUUCUUAUCAAAAAGAUCUUCUUUGGAUAAAUCAAGAUAGUUUUAAUAUUGUCUGAAGUUGCACAGUAACUGUUAAUGGCACUCUGAGGAGGAUUUAUGACAAGCUGUAUAAAUGACAUGAAGUACAAAGUGCCCAUCAUUUCUGUGUAUUGAAACACUAUUUUUUUGUCUGAUUUGAAAACUUGCUUUUGGUUCGUAGAGCUCACUGACCUCCCUGUCAGUGUGUGUUGUUAGCUGCUGCCAUCUUUUGGUCUUGGUAAAUAAAAAAAAAACUGUCCUGACAUCACAGUUAAUUAUCUGUACUGGCUAAUAAAUAAUGCUGUCAAAGAGA